CAACCAUCCAUUCUCGCAAUAUGGCUGGCUCUCUCAUCACAGCGGCCCUCCUGGUCGGAGGUGCCUCUGCAGCUCAACUCCCGCUCAUCCAACCAUCGCAGAUCCCCCAAUCCCCUCCGGUCUCGAUUCCCGCGGGCGAGAAACAUCUAGUCAGCUCCGACGCCCUACAGGAGCAGAUCGAUCCGGACAGCCUGCUCCAGCGAGCCAAGGCCCUCUACCACAUUGCGGAGCAGGGCAUCGAUGAAUUCAACCAUCCGACCCGAGUGAUCGGCAGCAGAGGUCACCUCGCGACUCUGGACUACAUCUAUUCGACCAUCGCCGGACUGGGCGACUACUAUACCAUCUCGAACCAAUCUUUCCCAGCUGUCACAGGCAAUGUGUUUGAGUCCCGUCUCGUCCUGGGCCAUGAGGUGCCCGAAUCCGCUCAUCCAAUGGGAUUGACGCCCGGGACGAAGAACAAGCAGCCCGUGUACGGGCCCCUGAAGCUUGUUGCGAACCAGGGCUGCGACAAGUCGGAUUACCCGGACCUCACCGGCGCGAUCGCCCUGGUUAGCCGUGGCGUUUGUCCGUUCGGCACCAAGUCCGAGCUAUCCGGCCAGGCCGGCGCCGUCGCCGCCGUCGUGUAUAACAACGAGAAGGGCGAUCUGAGCGGAACCCUGGGGGCUCCGUCGCCCGACCACGUCGCUACGUUCGGCAUCUCGGACUCCGAUGCGGCCCCUUUCAUCGCGCAGCUGAAGGAAGGCAAGAAGGUGGACUCGAUCGCGUACAUGGAUGCUACCGUGGACACCAUCUCCACCACCAACAUCAUCGCGCAGACCACGGGCGGAGACCCGGAGAACUGCGUCAUGCUGGGCGGGCACAGCGAUAGCGUACUCGAGGGCCCCGGGAUCAACGACGACGGGUCCGGGUCGCUGACUCUGCUGGAAGUCGCGACGCGUCUGAGCCAGUAUAGCGUGAACAACUGCGUGCGGUUCGCCUGGUGGGCCGCCGAGGAGGAGGGCCUGCUCGGCUCGGACUACUACGUGUCCGUUCUGAACGAGACCGAGAACUUGAAAAUCCGUCUCUUCAUGGACUACGACAUGUUGGCCUCGCCUAACUUCGCCUACCAGGUGUACAACGCCACCAAUGCCGUUAACCCCGUCGGCUCGGAGGAACUCCGUGACCUGUACACCGAGUUCUACGAGGACCACGGCGUGAACUUCACCUAUAUCCCGUUCGACGGACGCAGCGACUACGAUGCGUUCAUCCGCAACGGUAUUCCCGGCGGUGGUAUCGCGACAGGAGCCGAGGGCGUUAAGACUAAGGACGAGCAGGCGAUGUUCGGUGGUGUGGCCGGCGACUGGUUCGAUCCUUGCUACCACCAGAUCUGCGAUACGGUGGAUAAUCUGAACCUCACUGCGUGGGAGCUGAACACCAAGCUGGUUGCCCACACUGUGGCUACGUUCGCACGCUCUUUCGAAGGGUUCCCUGAGCGGACCGGCGUGAAGAGCGCGGCCGUUGAGCCCAAGGAGUUCAAGUACCACGGCCACAAAUUGCAGAUGUAAGGUCUAGCCGUUUGGUUUGAGAUUCCUAUUGGGAUAAUCUGUUCUGCACGUAGACUAGUGACAGUGAGCAUUGUUACCGAGUAGAUUGAGCUAGUAAUUUAUUUAUAUCAGAAGCUUUGGAA